GGGAGAUUAGGAAGACGAGCGUGACUCAGGGCAUUUGGGCGCGCUCCCCGUGCUGUGCAGCUCUUUUCCCACCGGCAGCUGCAGGCAGAGCCAGGGCAGGGGCUGGUGGUGAGAACAGGGUCGUCGCGGAGGCACCCCAGGGUGCCACAGAGCACUGGGUUAUGGUGCCACUGGGCUGAUUGCUGGGACGAAGCAGAGCAGCGGCAGGGGCCGAGCCCAAAGCCAUGGAAGGGCCCCGCCAGGAGGCUUACGAGGAGACAAUGAGGAGGAGCCUGGACCCUGAGGGCUACGAGGACCGCGGCAUAAAGGGCUCUCACCUGUCACUGGGGGAGAUGAGUAGGGCCGGCGCCAGCACCGGGUGCCCCUUACAGGCGUGGAGGGCCAGAGCCGAGGAGCUGACGCCCCUGCGCCAGUAUCUGCCCAGCCACCGGGGACGCUAUGACCUGGAUGGGAGGAGGCGCGUGGCCGGGGCCUCCCCAGGACAGGCGAGCCGCUGUGGCAGAGGGCAGCCUCCAUCAGUGACCGAUGUGGACCUGGAGGCAGCAGGGAGUAGGAGGCUUGUGUCCCAGCGGGACACGCAUGAGGGCUAUGUGGAGCUGCACGAGCUGGUCAUGGGCAGCACGAAUGAGCUGUUCUGGAUGGAGGCCGGCCACUGGCUCCAGCUGGAGGAGGAUUUCACGGAAGCCGGGCACUGGGGCCAGCCCCAUCUCUCCUUCCUGACCUACCGCAGCCUCCUGGAGAUCCGACGGGCUUUGGCCAAAGGUGCCGUGCUCCUCGAUGUGGAGGCCAACUCGCUGGCUGCCAUCGCCCACGUGCUCAUUGACCAGUUGAUCUAUGAGGGGCAGAUCAAGCCGCAGGACCAGGAGGACAUCCUGAGGACGCUACUGCUGCAACACAAACACCCAAGCGAGGCCGAGUCGGUGGGGAUCCUGCCACUGGCACUGCUGCAGCGCUCGGGCACAGGCUGGGCAGAAACGGAGCGGCUGCUGCUGCAAGAGCAGCAGCCCCUGGAGAUGCGCAGGCUGGCUGGGACUGAGCAGAGCCCGAGCGGGGCCACUAAACCCCAGCUCCCUGAGAAGAUCCCUGAGGAUGCUGAGGCCACACUGGUCCUCGUGGGCUGUGCAGCCUUCCUGGAGCAGCCAAAACUGGCCUUUGUGCGCCUGAAGGCUGCGGUGACACUGGACGCCGUCCUCAAUGAGCCCCUGCCCGUCCGCUUUCUCAUCGUGAUACUGGGCCCCGACAGCCCCCACAUCAGCUACCAUGAGGUCGGCCGUGCUGUUGCCACCAUGAUGUCCGAGAGGGUCUUUCGCCGGGAUGCCUACCUGGCCGAUGGCCGCCAGGACCUGCUGCGGGGAGUGGAGGACUUCCUGGAGGCCAGCAUCGUCCUGCCGCCCACAGAGACCCCAAGCAAGCAGCUCCUCCAUAGCCUGGUGCCGCUGCAGCGUGAGCUGCUCCGCCACCGAUACCAGCCCCCUGAGAAGGCAUCGGCUGAGGGCUUCCUGAAAGACCUGGGGCUAGAGGCACCAGCGGUGGAGGACGAUGACCCCUUGCGCAGGACAGGGCGACCUUUUGGGGGGCUGGUGCGGGAUAUCCGCCGCCGGUACCCCAAAUAUCUCAGCGACAUCAAGGAUGCUCUCAACCCCCAGUGCCUGGCUGCUGUCAUCUUCAUCUACUUUGCAGCACUGUCACCUGCUGUCACCUUUGGAGGCUUGCUGAGUGAGAAGACCAAGGGCAUGAUGGGGGUAUCAGAGCUGCUCAUCUCCACCUGUGUGCAGUGUGUCCUCUUCAGCUUGCUCAGCGCCCAGCCCCUGCUCGUUGUCGGCUUCUCAGGGCCCCUCCUGGUCUUUGAGGAAGCUUUCUACUCGUUCUGCAGUGACAAUGGCAUGGAGUACAUCGUGGGUCGGGUCUGGAUCGGCUUCUGGAUGAUCCUGCUGGUGCUGGUGGUGGUGGCCUGCGAGGCCAGCUUCCUUGUGCGCUACCUGUCUCGCUACACCCAGGAGAUCUUCUCCUUCCUCAUCUCCCUCAUCUUCAUCUAUGAGACCUUUGCCAAGCUCGUCACGAUCUUCAAGAAUCACCCACUGCAGCGGCAGUAUGCUGUGAAAGCCGAGGCUGACCCCAGUGUGCCAGAGCCCAACACGGCACUGCUGUCCCUUGUCCUCAUGGCUGGCACCUUCUUCCUGGCCUUCUUCCUCCGCAAGUUCAAGAACAGCGCUUUCCUGCCUGGCAAGGUCCGGCGCUUGAUUGGGGACUUUGGGGUCCCCAUUUCCAUCUUCAUCAUGGCAUUGGUUGACUUCCUCAUCACAGACACGUACACGCAGAAACUGAAGGUCCCCAAAGGGCUGGAGGUCACCAACUCGUCCGCCCGGGGCUGGUUUAUCAGCCCCAUGGGGGAAAACAAGCCCUUCCCCAUCUGGAUGAUGUUUGCUGCUGUGGUGCCUGCCCUCUUGGUCUUCAUCCUCAUCUUCCUCGAGUCACAGAUCACUACCCUCAUUGUCAGCAAGCCUGAGAGAAAGCUGGUGAAGGGCUCCGGCUUCCACCUAGACCUGCUGCUGAUCGUGGCCAUGGGAGGGCUGGCUGCCCUCUUUGGCAUGCCCUGGCUCAGCGCCACCACUGUCCGCACCAUCACCCACGCCAAUGCCCUCACUGUCAUGACCAAGACCUCUACUCCCGGCGAGAAAUCCCAGAUCCUGGAGGUCAAGGAACAGCGCAUCAGUGGUUUAUUGGUGGCUGUGCUCAUUGGCGUCUCCAUCCUCAUGGAGCCUAUCCUGAAGUACAUCCCUCUGGCUGUGCUCUUUGGCAUCUUCCUCUAUAUGGGUGUCACCUCCCUCUUCGGCAUCCAGCUCUUUGACCGCAUCCUGCUCUUGCUAAUGCCACCCAAGUACCACCCCGAUGAGCCCUACGUCACCCGGGUGAAGACUUGGCGGAUGCACCUUUUCACCUUCAUCCAGAUCAUCGUCCUUGUGCUGCUGUGGGUGGUGAAGUCCACUCCGGCCUCUCUGGCGCUGCCCUUCAUCCUCAUCCUCACCGUGCCCCUGCGGCGCUUUCUGCUGCCCAAGAUCUUCCGGGACAUUGAGCUCAAAUGUCUGGACGCGGAUGAUGCCGUGGUGACCUUUGAAGAGGCGGAGGGCACGGACGUGUACAAUGAGGUGCAGAUGCCCAGCUAAGGGCUCACUGCUGCCUGCCCCUGAUGGCCCCUACACCCACUUGCUUGUAGCUCCUCUGCUGCCAUCCUGGGGCAUGAGAGAGGGGGACAUGGGGACAUGGACCCCACACCCCAGCCCCCACCUUCGCACCCUGACAAUGGGGCCACCUUAUUGUUUUUCCCUCUCCACCCUUUUUUUCACAUAUUUUGAAUGGCCUGAGCUCACUCGCACUUUGCUGCCCACUGGGGAAGAGGCUGUCUGGGCUGGGGGGUCCCACGGGCCGCCCCCCACCCUGUGGCAGGUCAGCAUGGAUGGUGCCCUGUGUCACUGUCCUGCCCCCGAGAUCACUGUGGGGCUGUGACUGGGCACGAAGCAUGUGAAGAAGCUGGAGGAAGGUGCCCGAGCCCAGAGGGAGGAAGGGAUGGGGCGACGUGGUGGGGAUGGGGAUGCAGUGGGACAGGGUCCCCCCCACUUGCCCCAGCCCCAUUGCUCCCCCAGGGAGGCCCCCCCCCAACCCAGACCCUCUUCCUCAGAUCAACUUUCAGCAAUAAUGAGUGUGAACUAGGACAGAUCCUUCACCCCAUGAAGCCCUUUCCCUCCCUUUCUCCGUUGCUUUGCACCAGCAAAAGCAUCCCAGCUGCUCCGCCACGCUCACAGCAUCUCUGGGGUCGGGAUGUAAAUAGUCCAGGGAGGGGUUUAUAUAUUUGCAAUGAAGAUAAUUGUGCUAAAAAUGCCAAAAAAAAAAAAAAAUUAUGCUGAUGCUUCCGCAGGUAGGAUUCACUCAGAGCCAAACAAAAGACCCCCCAAAAAAACCCCCAAAAGCACCUUAAAAAGGAAAAAAAAAAAAAACAACCCCACAGAAAAAAGCAAAGUAGCCACCAGGAGUGAUCUGUAUAUUUGAUGCUAGCAGUUGGGGGAGUUUGUAAUUUAUUUCUAGAGGCUGAUGGUGCUCCUGCCUUUAGCGGGUACCACGUGUGUGUGUGUAUAUACUAGAGAGAAAGUAUAUAAAAAUUUACAGUUUUCUAGAAAGGCUUAUUUUAAAGGAUCCUGGUCAGGGCCUAAACUCUAUGGACCAGUCCCGCAGUGUGGUAAACUGAUGAAUUAGUGUAAGUAUUAUUCCUUUAUAUUUUUUUAGCAUUCAGUUAAAUCUGUGUAGUUUUCCUUGAUUUUUCCCUUACUUGCUGACUGUGUCUUGCCCAUUUCCGCCAGGAUUGCUCCCGAACUGGCUGAGCAUACCCCUGGUCCUGCUGGGGCCAAUCCUGCCUCGGUCAGACCCAAGGGUUGGAUCCAGGCCAGGCGCAGCAUACCUGAUCAGGGGGCAAGUUUGCUCCUUUUUGCAUAAAUCAGAGUGGGGGGACCCCAAAACCAGCCAUGGGGGAUAGCUGGGCGCGAAGGCAGACACGGGCAGCACUGCCUCCAGUUCAGGCGGCUUUAGUUUUAUUAAUUAUGUGUCCAAAAUAAUGUUAGGAGCUUUGAGGGUUUUGCCUUCCCUUCCCCACCUACCUCUGUAUCAGGCUUUAAUAAAGAAAUUAUUACAAUCAGAAA